AUGCCCGACAUUGAAAUGAUCAAAGAUCGCUCUGCAGUCGGAUCCGUCAGCACAGAGAGACUCCCCAUUGUCGAUAUCUCUCCUUAUCUCGAUCCUUCAUCAACUGAAGAAGAUCGAAGAAUAGCAAGUCAGACACUUGACAAAGCAUGUCGAGAAUUUGGUUUCUUUUACGUCACUGGUCACGGUCUCGAGCCUGAAUACAUGCAGGAUCUUCUGAAACUGGGUCACAAGUUCUUCGAGCUUCCUCAAGAGAAAAAGGAAUCUAUCCAUAUCUGGAAGAGUAUGGAUAGAGUUCGGGGCUAUCAAAAGAUUGGUGAGAAUGUCACGUAUGCCAAACGGGACCAGCAGGAGGCUCUUGAUAUCUACCCCGAGCCCAAGAACCCAUCUACUGCUCAGUUAGAAGGAGAGCAACUCUGGCCUUCAGAAGAGGAUAUGCCAGAAUUCAAAGCCACGUUGCUCGAUUACACUGAAAAGAUGAAAAAUAUCGGGCAUGCGUUUAUGAGAGCGAUGGGAGAUGUCAUUGGUCAUAAGGAUCUCUUUACGGAAUUGCAAGACGACAAUUACUGGGUCUUACGAGUCAUCGGAUAUCCCCCUCUUCCUGAAGGUUUUGAUGUCGAGAAAGGCAUCUCAUGCGGUGCGCAUACCGAUUACGGUUGUUUGACAUUCCUUCUCGCUGAUGAUACACCCGGCGCGCUACAAGUCGAAUCAAAGGAUGGUAGCUGGAUUCCCGCGGAUCCCAUUCCUGGCGCUUACAUCGUCAACAUUGGUGAUAUUAUUGAUACUCUCACUGGUCAUCAGUACAAGUCUACAUACCACCGAGUGAUACAUAGAGGUUCUCGAUACCGUGUAUCAAUGCCAUUCUUCUUUGAGCCAAAAAGAGACCAAGUGAUUCAAACAUUACCAGGAAUGCUUCCAGCAGGGGAAAAGGCUGUCGAACCAUUCACAUACUUUGAUCAUCUCAAGCGAAUGAUAUACAACCACUUUGUCCCUAAUGAGGAAGCUUUGCCAGAAAAGCCUAACGCCAACGCGCUUACACAACGUGGUUAG